CCAGUAUAGCGAGCAAGGUAACAGCACAGCCAAAUCAAUUGCCGGCGCCUUUUGCACUACAAAUACAGGAUCACAACGACAUCCUGAUUGACCUGAGAUAACGCCAACGUGGGCUCUCCAGGCCGAAGCAAGUGUUGAUGUCGCCCCACAGAACAUACGAGACAGUAGUUGGGUACUUUUCGCAGGACGAUCCAAAGCCGGCUGCGGGCUGGCUCGAUCUUCCGCCACGAUUCGGCCUCAUUGACGGCAGUCCCGAGAGUUGGUACAAGUUCAUCGCAUCCAUCCAGCAACUUAAUAUCGAGGCGCCGAGUCACGUCCAAUACAAAGUCUUCUUUCUCGGAAGGCAUGGAGAGGGCUAUCAUAAUGUUGCUGAGGCGAAAUACGGGAAGAAGGCCUGGGAUGACUACUGGUCUAAGUUGAAUGGAGACGGAGAGCUGACGUGGGGUCCUGAUCCCGACCUCACGUCGAGGGGUGAGGGCCAAGCAGACCAGGCAAACGAAGCAUGGAAGACAGAAGUCUUGCACGGCCUUCCCUUCCCAGAAAAGCUGUAUUGCAGUCCACUCACGCGCACCAUACGGACGAGCCAGCGCACUUUUAAGGACAUUACUGUUGAUGGUCGCAAGACAACUAUCGUGGAGAAUAUCCGCGAGAUAAUUGGCGUUCAUACCUGCGACAAGAGGAGGACGCGAACAUACAUCAACCAGACAUUUCCGGAAUACUCCAUUGAGGACGGUUUCGCUGAGGAGGACGAGCUGUGGAGACCUGACGUCAGAGAAACGCUGGCAGAUGUCGAUGUUCGGGUCAAAGCUGCGUUGGACAUGAUAUUUGAAAAUGACAAGGAACAAUUCAUUUCCAUUACAACGCACGGUGGCUUCUUCGGUUCCUUCUUGCGAGUAACUAACCACCAGCUCGUGUAUCUCCCGACUGGAGGCGUAAUGCCGACAGUCGUCAAAGCAACGGCAGAAUAAUUUCACUCUGAAAAGCCUUAUGAUACCCUCAAAGUAGAGAAAUGUUGAGUGUGUUAGAAGACCAAACUUAGGUUUACAAGAGCAAUCUCGGUGGUAGCA